UUACUAGUGACGAAAUCAAUCUGCGACAUUUGCGUUUGGAGGCCAUGUGAAUGUUGCUUCCUUCGACCAAUAAGGUUCAGUGAGAUGAGGAGUCUAGUUCUUUGCUUGUGAAGGCAGUGACAGCGCCUGAGAGAGAGCUCCUGAUGACCACGCGAUUUUUAGCCCGCUGCACCCGGCUCUUGGGUGCCCAAUGCACUCGUGUUCCUGCCGUCCAGGGACGGCCCCUGGCCCUCCCUCCCCCUUCAGAGCCCCUGUGGAUUGUGGCCUGGCGGCUCCCCUCCCUGGGUCCACUCCGGGCGCUCUGCGAUGGGCACGGCGUGGCGGCGGCGGAGGAAUCCUACCCCAAGGCCCCGGAGCGCACCGAGCUGGACCAGCUGCUGGAACAGGCCCGCUCCCCGCAGGAACUGCUGCAGCUGUGGGCAGAACGGGGCGGCAAAGCGAACCAGGCCGCCAUUGCCCUCGUGCACCUGGCACGCCUCGCGGGCGACAGGCAGGCCGCCCAGGGGGGAGAGAAGGGCGGCUCUGACACGGACAAUCUCCUUUACGACUCCAGAUUCCAAGACCUGCUGCACACAGUCAACUCCCAGGUGUCCACAGUGUGGAACGGCUCUCUGGUGUCUCUCCUGAGGGCCCUGUCCCGACUGGGUGUGGCCCCUGGGGCUCCUGUGCUGCGCUCUCUGCAGACGGAGGCCCAUUGGCGGCUCCGGCGGUUCAGCUACAGGCAGCUGGCGGCGCUGGCAGAGUGGUGCAGUGUGCGCCAGCACAGCGGGCAGGAGGGGGCGCUGCUGAGGGACGUGCUGAAGCAGCUGGAGCUGCGCUGGACGGAGAUCAGUGACCCGCGCACUUUAUCCCUCCUGAUGAUGAAGGUGGGACAUCUGUCCGCCUCCCUCAUGGACAGGCUGGAGGACAAGGCUCUGGAGCUGGCCGAGAGGUUCGGCCCGGAGGAGACACGGCGGGUGGCUGUGUCCCUGGCAGCUCAGGGCCGGCGCUCGGUGCCCCUGUUGAGGGCGCUGUCCUACCACCUGCUGCAAAAACCUGGCCUGGAGCUCCGCACGCCCCUGCUCAUCGACCUCGCCUUCUCUUACGGAAAGCUCAAUUUCCAGCAGACCCAGGUGUUCCAGAGGAUCGCGGGUGACCUGCUGCCAAGGCUGCCUGAGAUGAGCUCCGGUGAUGUGGCGCGUUGCGCCAAGUCCUUCUCUUUGCUCAAGUGGCUACAUCUUCCGCUAUUCGAGAGCUUCACCGAGAAUUUCCUGCAGUGCAGCGAAAACUACAGCACCACCCAGCUGUGCAACCUUCUUAUGGCAUUUGCUCGGCUCAACUUCCAGCCCAGCAAGGAUGUUGCCUUCUAUAGUAAGGUCCAUGCUGGUCUGGAGGGUGCUUUGACCCAGCUGGAGCCGUUCCUCCAGACGGAUGUGGUGUGGUCACUGUGUAUUUUGCAGCAGGCCAGGCCACAGGACUUGCGGCCAGUGCUGGAGCCAGGCUUUCAGAGCAGGCUGACGGGUGGCAGUCCCUCCCGCACUCAGAACUACAGGCUGAAGCUGGCCCACAUCGUGGCAACGGCACAGUUGGAGUACGGGGAGCUUCUGGGGACACCACCGCCCGCUCCCCCCGCCGAGGCCUCCAGGAGCCAGCCUACACCCCUGCAGAGCAGCCUGCACGAGGCGCUCCGCAGCCUGGUGGCGGGGCAGGAGGGCACGUACCGGACCGCUGUCAGCACUGUGUACGGCUGGACCAUUGACGGAGAACUGGUUCUGGAUUCGGAGAAUAAGCCAAUGAACCUGGAGACCCUGAAGGCCCCCCACCUCCCGGGGGCCGGGGGGCCCACACCGCUCCCCAACGGAGCCAGGAGGAUUGCGUUCCUGGCUGGGGAAUUCCCUAAUUAUGGCUCACGGAGCAAAGACCUGCUGGGGCGAUUCGUGAUGCAGCGGCGCCACCUACAGCUGGCUGGUUUCCUCACUGUGGAGGUACCCUACUAUGAAUGGCUGGAGCUGAAGUCUGACUGGCAGAGGGUGGCCUAUCUGAAGGACAAGAUGGGGAAGGCAGUGGCAGAGGACAUGGCCAAAUAACAUCUGGACAGCGGAGUCAUUUCCCUAAAUGAAACAUCUGAAAGGAAAACACAAAAUAAGGAUUAGACAGAAGCAAGCAGUUGUAUUUCUGUGUACUCACAAAGAGUUUGUCCAUCAGAGGCAUUCCCAGCAACACUUGCAGCCCAUAGUUUGAGUUCUAGAAUGCCACUCAGGUUGUCAUGACAACCACCUGGGAAUUUCCCUCUGCCCAUGGAGAUGUGGCUACAGGGAGGCAUUCAGAAGCCUGGUUUUGGAUGCAGUAUCUAUGUAUAGUAGGUUGAGCCAGCGGAGAUGGAGAGUCAGAUACAAAGUGUGCAUCAAAAGAAAUACCGCGUGACUGUGCAGAAGAUGCUGAAAGGGGAGUUAAGAGUUUUCCAGCUCUCUUGCUUUGCUGUCAGCAAGUAAGAGCUGCCAUGUGACGUUAUAAUACUUGCAAGAUAAAGUUAUUGUUAACUGUGCAGGCUGCUUGUGGUGUAUGUGAACUCAAUACCAAACUAAUUAAAAUGGAAAGGAAACUCCACAGCUCUCAGUGACUCAAUUAAAAGAAGAAACCCUAAUUUGACUAUUUUAAUGCUUUGGCUGCUGCCUUCAGUGAGAAUAAAGUUUUUAAUUGAUUUCUUUAGAGGUGCAGUUUUCUUUCCUGUCUGGUAUAAUACCACCAAGAGUGUGUCCUGGUGCAUGUCUCAAGUUUCAGGAAGAGUUCACUGAAGACCCCUAUUAUAUCACAGCUUCUUACGUAACUCUGUACACUACGGUGAGAGUGACAUCUAUGGUAGCCAUUCAGAUUAGGUUCCUGUGCUGUCCUUUAGGACAGUGAAGACAUUAUCUUUUUAGGGUACAGUAAAAUGGGUCUGGGACACCUUGUCAAGAACCAAUAAUAUAUAGUGUGGCAAUAAGAUUUAUUUUAACAUUGCCUUGGUGACUUGAUACAUGUUUUUAUGUUGGUGAAGAACUGUAAAAUGUUGUAUCCAUAGAAUAAUGUUUACAGUUUAAAGUUGUAUCCAUGAUAGGCCAACAUGGUGGCACAGUAGUUAGCAUUGUUGUAUAUUCUCUCUGUGGGUUUCUUCCAGAUGCUCCAGUUUCCUUUCACAGUCCAAAGAAAUGCUGGUAGGUUAUUUGGCUUCUGGGAAAAGUGACUCUGGUGUGAGUGUAUGUCUGGACGUGCCUUGCAAUGACCUGGUGUCCUGCCCAGGGUGUAUCCUGCCUUGCGCCUGUUGCUUACUGGGAUAGGCUUCGGCUCCCCCAUAACCCUGUACUGGAUAAAGCAGUUAGAAAAUGGAUGGAUGUACCUGGGAUCCUGAACGUCGGUUUUUCAAGGGCUCUCAAGCUAAUGAGAAUACAAUGCCAAAUUUAGAAAUGUGUUCAGUGACCUGAACAACAGGACGAAGGAGGUUGAUAUCAGCUUCAAAAACAUAGUUCAAGUAGGUAAUGUUAUUAUAGUACCAUGUUCCAAGAUGAGCAGAACACAUUUUGGGACAGCUUGUCUCUUCCCUUCCAGCUUUAACAUAAUCUUCAGUAUCUAGUUUAUUGUGUGCGAGAGAGGCCUGUUUAGUGUUUCUUUAUAAUAUGCUUUUCUUAUUAGUACAAUGGCGAUAUAAUCCUUCUCUUAUUUGAGUUUAGAUGGGCUGGAGUGUAGCACAAGGGUGCCCAGGCAUGGGCGUUUGAAACCCCGUUAGACAACUUACACUGAUUGCCAGGUCGGUAUGUAAGGGAGCUUUGUCUAGAACAGGGCAUGUCAGCUCUGAUCCUGGAGGCCAGCAGGGUGUGUUAAUAACCGGGAUCUUAUGUUAUUGUGGAGCUUUUGGCUCACAUUUGGUUUUAUUCCAAACUGUUUAUGCUUCUAGAAAAUGAUCAGGGGAGCAGCUCUCCAGGAACACCUGGCCGACGCUGCCAAGUCCGUUAAGCACAAGAGUAUCACUCUGUGCUCCUUGACUUGCCAUGUGGUCCCAUCUUUCUGAACUCACUCAGCCAAGGGCUGGAGGUCUGUACGUUUUGGCUAGCACUGCACCUGUGUGUGGAACAGUCCAGUGAACAGAAGCGGACAAACCAUAAAGCUGGGAAGUAUUUCAUUCCAGAUUUGGCUUCCUCGGGACCUGUGGUCUCUGAAAUUAAACUUUAAAAAUUGCCACAGACAGGUUUUCUCAAUGCUUCGUGAGGGAGCGAUGUACUCUUUAUUUUCUGGCAGCGUGAUCAGUCCAGUCGAAAAAGAUUUGUGGGCAGGUUGCCCCUACCUGCAAUCUUCCUGCAUCGGCAUCUCGUCAUUACCCCCAUUGUAACCCUUUAGAGUCUGUAAUCAAGACAGGGACCUGUCUGGGCAGAGGAGUAACAAUGAGUGCAUGUAAUAGAUGUACAACAAUUGGUUUAAACCAUCACAUCAGGCAUUCCAAUCUAGAACUGAUUGUGGAAUUUGAGUACCAUAAAUAUGAACAUAUGAACAUAUGGGGCCCUUUGUCUUCAGGAAGAAAUGUUUAAUUGAAUUUGGAAACUUGCAUUUCUGGGCUACUUUUAUGUUGUAGGGGAAAUUAUGAUGAUGAGUGAAAAGUUUUAGUGAUUGCUUCCUUGAAGGACACAAAUUAGGCAGGCUGCCUGUGCAUAUUUAAAGUUAAAAGGUAUUGGUGCAGGCACCACCAAAAAAGAGCUUUUCCUUGAAAUGACUCAUUUCCAUUUCCUUCAGAACUAGGUUUGCACAUGCAUUUAUAUAUUGAGAUCCAUUGAAAACCCAACAAAUGCUGUUAUGUAGACUGUCUGGGCCUCUGUUAUAAAUCCCAUGCCACUGCUAGGCCUGAUCUGCAGGUACUCUUCUCUAGCUGGUGGAGUGUCAAUUCUUUGUCAGUGAAGGGAUUAAUAUGAGUCACCCUUCUUCGUGGGAGAAUAGACUGCCUUUUUAUAAAUGGCAUUUUGUCUUGAUUAGGCUAUUUUUUCUCCCUUGACCACUGCUGUGCUGUUAUGCUAUCUGAGCUAAUGUUCCAGCUGAUGCUGCUUAAUGCGCAUGUUGUCCUCGCAGAAUUUCAGUCUUGGCCAGAAAGGAAUUUCUUCCCUCCUCUACCAGUGUGUGAGGCCAGCCAAGGCAUGGGGCACUCAAGUGUUUACUUGUGUCUUUUGAAAGGCGACCAUAUAAGAUCCAGAUCCAGUCCUUAAUCAUUCUUAUUACUUCAAUGCUCAUUUUUGAGUGAGCCAGCUAACAUUUAGGGGGAGUCAGAUCAGAGAGGGUCUAAUAAUCCUCAGUUGCAGGCCCUGACCUGAGCAGUCAUCUCUGCUGCUGCCAGCCAAGAGUUAAACUGCUCACCUUGAAGACGCGGCUGUGAUUGAGCCCCGUACUUCAAAAUAUCCUUAAAAUGCCGCUGCCCCCACCUGCAGAAAAUCUGCUUACCAGGGUGCAUCAAGAGCUGUUGAGCACGAGGCUGACGUCAAACUGGGAAAGAAGGGGGAGGUGGGCAGGUUGGAGCCUGUAAAGCUGUAAUUUGCUAUAACAAAGAGAUCUGGCGAAUGGGUUGAACUGCAAAGCAGCAAAGGGUAGAAAGAAAAGGCCGGGCACAUAUGCACAACAGCACAGGCCAGCCAGUCUUGAAUGAGACUUGGCAAGGUGCAGCCUGCACCAGUGAGAGCCAGCUAGGGCAUGGGGCCCUCCACAGCUCACACUCUGCACAGUAUCUCGGCAGCAUUCGCAAAGCAAACAGCUGCGGAUGCUACCCUUUAAUUUUUGUUUCGAAGGGUAGGGGCAUUCAGGAUAAUUUUGUUCGUGCAUCACUUCUGCUAACCAUAGCUCAUCUUCUGCGCAUUAUGCAUCCGAAUACCAUAUAUUUCAGAACCACCGAGAAGAGAUGCACAGGACGACCAAAUACAGAGGUGUUGGUCUGUGCUUGUCUUUUGGUGCUGAAUGGUGUUUCUUACCAUUGUCUUCGUAUCAUCUUUUCACUUUAAUAUGACAGGGUUCUGUCUGUGUUUCAUAUAGAGAUCUGCAUAAAAUGUCUGCCUACCAGCGAUACUCACCCUUCUGUAGCUGUCUCUUCUCAAUGCGGAGCAGUUGAGGCGGCAGUCUUCAGGACUGUCCCCAAUUCUUUUGAAACCCCCAGUCACUGGUUUAUAUUAGAAAGGUUUAGUGAACAGUGAACGCUGUUGUGACAGGAGUGCGGUGUGUAUGAUACUGAGGUGAUGUUUUACUUAGGCUAAAAAACAUUACACAAUACAACAUGCACCAAAACCAUAAAGCGAAAUAAUUAGAUAAUCAAACCAAGAUCCUGUUACUGAGCUGCAUCUGCAAGAAGUUCUUGACAGAUCUCAAACCUUCAAAUGAAAAUGUAAUUUUUUCCUAUGCUUCUGUCUACCUUGUGUUCUAUUAGUGUUCUGUUGACAACAUAUCUCGUUAUGAACCAGAACAAUUGCUUAUCUGUAAUUCAUCUGCACAAAUGAAUGUAAUAAAUAAUGAAUUUUA